AUGUGCCCCAUGCUGUUCACUGUCAAAGUAUACUCAAUCGCCGACAGAUUCCAGGUGGAAUAUCUCAAAAUUCAAGCAAAAUUAACUUUCGUCACCCUCGCCCAAGACAACUGGAACUCGGAAGACUUCUUGACUGCUGCUUUUGAAGCAUACAAAACAACACCAAAGUCGGAUCGAGGUCUUCGGGAUGUGGUCGUUGCGGUCUGUCAGAAACACAGGAAAGAGCUGCGCGAGAAGGAAGCAUUCGAGAAACUGGUUCAAGAAACUCCCGGACUUGCUACCGAUCUAGUGCUGCUUUCGCACAGGUGGUUGCCUCAGUCUGCAUCUACAAGAGUUCGUCUAGUUCAGUCCUUUUCUUGUCUGUCUUGUUUUGCAAAAUGGCAGAUCCAGGUGGGGUUGGCAGAGUACUUUACCAUAUGCCCAUUUUGCCAGGAUGAUAAGGUUGGGGCUUUUUGA